UGCUUUUCUAAACAGCCUGACACAGAGGGGAGGCAGGGAGGCUAUAAAGUCUGGGUUGGGCAGACAGCCUAGAGGAAGCCGAGGCGCAGAGGAGAUGGCCAGCUGCCUAAAAGCCAUCUGGAACUGGAGAUUUCAGACGGUGAUCUUCAGAACUGCCCAACUCCUUUGCUUCAGUGCCCUAAUCUUUGGAUUAAUAAAGCAGAAAGAAGUGGCAGCGUGGACCUAUAAUUACAGCACCAAAGCAUAUUCAUGGAAUUAUUCCAGGAUGUUCUGCCAGAAGCAUUACACGGAUUUAGUGGCCAUCCAGAAUAAAAAAGAGAUCGCUUACCUCAACGAUGUCGUGCCUUACUUCAACUCUUACUACUGGAUUGGGAUCCGAAGGAUCGAUGAUAAAUGGACCUGGGUGGGAACCAAAAAGGUCCUCACCAAAGAGGCCGAGAACUGGGCUGACAACGAGCCCAACAACAAGAAGAACAACCAGGACUGUGUGGAGAUCUACAUCAAGAGCGUGUCGGCCCCUGGCAAGUGGAAUGAUGAGCCCUGCUGGAAAAAGAAGCGGGCACUAUGCUACACAGCGUCCUGCCAGGACAUGUCCUGUAGCAAGCAAGGAGAGUGCAUUGAGACCAUCGGGAACUACACCUGCUCCUGCUUCCCCGGAUUCUAUGGACCAGAAUGUGAAUAUGUCCAAGAGUGUGGGGAAUUUGGUCUCCCCCAACAUGUGCUCAUGAACUGCAGCCACCCUCUCGGGAACUUCUCCUUCAAUUCAGAGUGCAGCUUCCACUGCGCUGAAGGGUACGAAUUGAAUGGACCCAGCAAGCUGGAAUGUUUGGCUUCCGGAACGUGGACAAAUAACCCACCGCAAUGUAUAGCUGCCCAGUGCCCACCCCUGAAGACUCCUGAGCGAGGAAGCAUGAUGUGUCUUCCCUCUCCAGAAGCGCCCCGAUACCGGUCCAGCUGCCACUUUGCUUGUGAAGAGGGAUUUGCAUUAGUUGGGCCGGAGGUGGUGCAGUGCACAGCCUCGGGGGUGUGGACAGCCUCACCCCCAGGGUGUGCAGGGGAGUUUCUGGUGGUUGGGGAUAUGCGAUUUGUGCGGUGUCCACUCCUGGAAGCCCCUGGCAAAGGAACCAUGGACUGUGUUCAUCCCCUCACUGCCUUUGCAUAUGGCUCCAGCUGCAGAUUUGAGUGUGAACCUGGCUAUCAAGUGAGAGGCUGGGCCAAUCUCCGCUGCAUUGGCUCUGGCCAGUGGACCGCACCCUUGCCAGCCUGUGAGGCCAUUGCCUGUGAGCCACUGGAGAGUCCGGUUCAUGGAAGCACGGAUUGCUCCCCACUCUCAGGACCGCUGCCAUACAACACCAGCUGUAGCUUCCGUUGUGCUGAUGGCUUCAGGCUGAAAGGAGCUGACAUGGCCCAGUGUACUGACUUGGGACGGUGGACAGCGCCCGCCCCGGUCUGUGAAGCGCUGCGGUGUCAGGAUCUUCCGGCUCCAGACCAGGCCCAGGUGAAUUGCUCCCACCCGUUUGGAGCCUUUCGGUACCAAUCCACCUGCAGCUUCUCCUGUGACGAGGGCUUACUCCUGGUGGGAGCAGGCGAGCUGCGGUGCUUGGGUACGGGGACCUGGAGUGCUCCUCCCCCACAAUGCCAGGCCUUUACCUGCACACCUCUGCUAAGCCCUCGGAAUGGAACAAUGACCUGUGUCCAGCCUCUUGGAGAUUCCAGUUAUAAGUCCAGAUGCCAAUUCACCUGUGAUGAAGGAUUCUCUUUAUCUGGACCAGAAAUACUGGAUUGUGCUCCAUCUGGACAUUGGACAGGUCCCCCACCAACAUGUGAAGCCAUCAAGUGCCCAGAAUUAUUUGCCCCAGAGCAGGGAAGCCUGGCUUGUUCUGACACCCGCAGAGAAUUCAGUGUUGGCUACACCUGCCAUUUCUCCUGUAACAAGGGCUUUAAGCUGGAGGGAUCUAAUGAUGUUGAAUGCACAGCUUCCGGAAAAUGGACAACACCUCCACCAACCUGCAAAGGUGUGGUAUCAGCUCCUCUCUCAGAGGUUCGAUGCCCAGCCCUCAUCACUCUGGAGCAGGGAACAGUGUCCUGUAGGCAUGGUCUGGGAACCUUUGGCCCGAAUACCACGUGUUACUUUGGAUGCCACGCUGGAUUCACCCUCACGGGAGGCCGUGCUCUCAGAUGCAGGCCUUCGGGACAAUGGACGGCGGGAGCUCCCAAGUGCAGAGCUGUCAAGUGCUCCGAGCUGCGUGUUAGCGAGCCAGGCACGAUGAACUGCUCCAACCCCUGGGGAAAUUUCAGCUACGGCUCCACCUGCAGCUUCCGUUGUCCGGAAGGCCAGUUACUUAAUGGCUCAGCAAGAACCACAUGCCAAGAGGAUGGCCAGUGGUCAACCCCCAUGCCAACCUGCCAAGAUGAUGGAGAAAGCCCCUUGAACCCUCAAAGCCACCUAGGAACAUACGGAGUUUUCACAAAUGCUGCAUUUGACCCAAGCCCUUAAGAGACCUGUCCUCCUGGGUCACCUCACUCAACCUCCAUAGGAUCCUAUUUUUGAACAUCAGGCUUCCUGCCAGACUGGGCUGUAACUGUGGCAUAUUUGCUGCAGCUUUCUGGAAAUACUUGUAAAAAAAAAAAAAAAAGGCAUGAAGUUUCCUGUAGAUUAGUCCUGGAUGACAGCAGAAGGAUUGUGCCACAAGCCCGAACUCUCCACCCACCCUUCCUGCUUCACCUCUUCCUUAAGCCUCAGCAGCCAGGACUGGAUGCCUGCAGUGGUCUGUGGGUUUUGCCCAGCUGUCCCUUUCUUGAAAGACUCAUUAGCCAGAGACUGAAGCAUCUGACUUACCAGAAGACCAGACUGUGGAAACAUAAAAAAUGCCUCUAUUUUUGGAUUGGAGGAAGGCAUACUCUACUUUGUUGGGAGGCAGGUGGUAUCUGUGACUUGAGGGGACUUCUAGAAGAUCUUCUGGGGUCUCCAGUGCUUGCCCUUCAUGAAGCUUAUCACACCCUGGCUGCAAGCCUUCCAAGAAGCCUCUGGUUGGCACCAGAGGGUGCAGAAGACCGAGAAUCAAGACAGGAAGGCACGUGUCGCCUUCCCUCCACCGGUCAGUCCGCCCAAAAGGACCUCAAGACCAAAAUUCAAAUGUGCAAUUAAAAGGAUUCUUCCCAAA